CAGCAUUUGGCGAUUAUAAAUUAUGGCGACAAAGGAUACUUUACAGAUUGAGCUUCAGUUCAGUGGAGGUAUGGAACUGCUAUUUGACAAUCAAAAGACAAUCCAAGCAGAUGUGCCGGCAUUCUUUCCUAUUGUGACCAAGGAUACAGAUACGAAUCAGCAGGAGCGACACGCAGCUACAAUUCGAGAUCUUAUUGCAUGGACCAGCAUAGAGCUUUUGAAAGAAAGGCCAGAGUUGUUUAUUGGUGACGAUGGCUCUGUACGAGCAGGCAUUUUGGUGCUGAUCAAUGGUGCAGACUGGGAGCUGGAGGGCGAGCUUGAGUAUGAACUACAGGACAAGGACGAGAUUGUUUUUAUCUCAACAUUGCAUGGCGGAUAAUAUUCUCAAAACUAUUGCGAGCCUAUAAAUGUAGUUGGCUGGUGCUCAUUUAAUCUCCUUUUUUCUUGAAAUAAAACUUUCCUUCCU